AUGGUUUCCUCAUCAUCAAGCUUUGGAUUUGUUUUUUCAUUGAUACUACUGGUGUUGCUCGCAGCUCAAACCGAUCUUCAACCCCCUUUUGUGUCCUUCUGUAACGUCACAGGUAACUACACCGCUGCUAGCGCUUACAAGGCAAACCUCGACGCUCUUCUCCCAUUUCUCGCUAAUUCCGGCAACGCUAAUGGCUCCGGCUUCUACAUGUCCUCCGGUGGGGAAAACUCCGACCAAGUGUAUGCACUGGGGCUCUGUAGAGGAGAUGUUGAUGUCGCCGGCUGCGGCAAUUGCAUCGGCAACAUGAUACAGUCUCUCAAGAAUGAUUGUCCUGUUCAGAAGGAGGCCAUUGGGUGCAUGUUGGGCACAGAAAACAUAUCGGCAACAAUUGAGGAUGAGUUCAACCAAAAGCUUCAAGGAUUUUUAGGAAAGCUGUCUAGUCAAGCUGCUGCAGGAGGUACCGAUCGGAAGUACGCCGCAGGCACGCAAAACACAAGCGACGCCAAUGUAACAAUAUAUGGAUUUGCGCAGUGCAUUCCGUAUUUGUCUGCGCAAGACUGCACUAAGUGCUUGAACUCAACUCUAAGAGGGAUCAGAGGAUGUUGUUUGGGGAUGAUUGGUGGAAGAGUUUUUAAUCCCAGCUGUUACUUAAGGUAUGAAACUGAAGCGUUUUUAGUCACUGCAGCUGAGGCACCUGCACCUUCGACAUCACUAGCAAUACCCACUUCUCCUCCUACACUGCCAGGAAAGAAGAAGAGUAAUGCAUCUCGAAGAAGAGUCAUCAUCACUGUGACAAUUGUCGUUCCUCUGGUGGUACUGAUUGUAUCCAUAUGGAUUUAUGUUAGAUUCAUUAGGAAGACGAAAGAAAAAUGUGAAGAAGCAGAUGAAAUGAGCACAGAAGCCUUGCAAUUUGAAUUUGACUCCAUCAAAGUUGCUACAAAUAACUUUUCGGAAGCAAAUACACUCGGGCGAGGCGGAUUUGGUUCUGUUUACAAGGGUAAGCUUUGGAACGAAGAGGAGAUAGCAGUGAAAAGGCUUUCUAGAGAUUCUGCACAAGGAGACAUAGAAUUCAAAAACGAGGUGAUCCUUGUGGCCAAGCUUCAACACCGGAACUUGGUUAGGCUCCUUGGUUACUGUCUGGAGAAAAAUGAAAGACUUCUUGUCUAUGAGUUUGUCCCAAACGCAAGUCUUGAUCAUUUCAUAUUUGAUCCAGUCAAGCGUGCAGAUUUGGAUUGGGAAACUCGUUGCAAAAUCAUAGUAGGCAUUGGACGAGGGCUUCUUUACCUUCAUGAAGAUUCACGUCUUAGAAUUAUCCAUCGUGAUCUCAAAGCAAGUAACAUUUUAUUAGACGCAGAAAUGAACCCCAAAAUUGCAGAUUUUGGCAUGGCAAGACUGUUUAAUAUCGAUCAAACACAAGCUGAAACCAGUCGAAUUGUGGGAACCUACGGAUACAUGGCACCGGAGUAUGUUAUGCGUGGACACUUUUCUGUGAAGUCUGAUGUCUAUAGCUUUGGUGUACUGGUCUUGGAGAUAGUAAGCGGUCAGAAAAACACUUCCUUUCAUCAUGAUGGAAACUUGGAGGAUCUUCUAGGCUAUGCAUGGAAUAGUUGGAAGGAAGGGACAUCUUCAAACUUGAUAGAUCCCACGUUGAGAGCUGGUUUAAGGCCGGAAAUAAUGAGAUGCAUUCACAUCGGUCUGUUGUGUGUGCAACAAAGUAUAGCUGAUAGGCCAACUAUGGCUGCAGUUAUUCAAAUGCUUACCAGCACCUCUGUUGAUUUACCAGUACCCUCACAACCAGCAUUUUUUAUGUACAAUCACGGGACGGGAUCCUCAUCCGACAUGUCGAUGGGAUGUGAUAGUAACUCAGGAUUUACAGGGUCUAGUCAAUCCCAAGGCAACUCUGUCCAAAUACCUAUACAUGAGGAUUCAACUACUCCUUAGAAUUUUGGAUCCGGCUCCUCUAAAGUGAGAAGAGUGUGAAUUUAGUUAAAGUUCAUAAAAUCUGGACUCUAUAUAUAAUCUAAGGGUUCAAACAACUGACACGUCAUCUU